AUGGCUGGAGCUGAAAAUACAGAGAAACCAGUGUUUAGUCUGAGACUUCUUGUCGACAAGAAGAAGAACAAGGUUGUCUUGGCUGAGGCUGGUAAGGAAUUUGUUGAUGUACUCUUCAGUUUUCUGACAUUACCUAUGGGGACAGUUGUGAGAUUGUUUGAGAACUAUCAGAAGAAGAAUCAAAAAGCUGAAGCUACUGUGAUAGGCUGUUUCAACAAUCUCUACAAAAGUGUUCUUGAUAUAGGCACCGCUAUUUUUAUGAAGGAAGCUUGCAAGGAUAUGCUUUUGUAUCCGAGAAGCGUGAAGGAGAAUCAACGCAAACAGCUUAAGCUUAACAUAGAUGAUAUUGAGGUUCUCAAGUACUAUACGUGCCCGACAGAACAUUCUUGGGGAUUAUAUAGUAACUUUUGCUCCUCAAGAUGCCCUUGUGGAAAACUGAUGACAAAGGAGUAUAAAACAAGUCACGGUGUAGCAUAUGGAGAAAUAUUUGUCAGCCACAAGCCCUUAUUCACCAUCACUGACAAUUUGAAAGUGGGAUUUACUUCUAUAAGUCUUACCCUGAAGACACUUAAAGUGUCAGGCUAUUCUGAUGUUGAUCAGCUGCAUGAGAUGCAUGUAGAUGUUGAUCACGAAAAGAUACUCCCUUGA